CUCCAUCAGGAGGUUUCUUCUUCUUUUCUCCCCUGUACAGGUCCAGGGACACCGCUCCUUCCGCCGCGUUGCCGGUUGAUGCCGCCCCCGACCUCGCCAGCGCCGGUGCCGCCGCAACGCACUAACAGGAUCGACGCCGGCGCCACAUGCUUCUUUCUCCCACGGCAUCAAUGUUCGUGCAAUUGGAGAACGCAACAUCAGCACCAAAACGACAGAAACUUGCAAGAGUGAACCAGUGAGCCACGCAAUUGUUACCUAGUGUGGGUAUCCUCUUCUAAUGAGCAGUGAUGCUUCCAAGACAUGCUCAAACUCUUGGUAAUCUCCUAGAGAGAGUUAAACUAGUUCAUUUUUCAACACUCAGAGGUAUACAUGGACAUUUUUGUCUUUGGUACUCGACUUUGUCGACGUGCAAUGAGAUGCCGAAAAAGCUCAACAAGUUUGAGCGGAAACCGCUAGUGACAAGUUUUAACGAGCUUAAGCGAGAAGCUAGACUGAAGAAAAAGGAGAGACAAAAGGUGCAUGAGAUUGUAUUACAACCUCCUGAAAAUGGCUUGCUGGUUAAGAAUCUGAUUCCUGUUGCUCAUGAAGUUUUUGCUGCCAGACGUGAACUAUUAUCCUGUGUUUCAAGACUUGUCAACUAUACUGCUAUUUAUGUGUGCAGCUUAUGUGGAGAAGUUCAUGUUGGUCACCCGCCACAUAAAAUUAGAACAUGUGAUGUCAGAGGAAGCCCAUCAAGCAAAGAACAUAGUUGGGUCAAAGGUGGUGUUGAACAUGUUAUGCCUCUUGUAGAAUCAUUUCAUCUGUAUGAUAGAAUGGGGAGGGCUGUUUCACAUAAUGAAAUGCUUGAAGUUGACCGAAUUCCAGCUAUUGUGGAAUUGUGUGUCCAGGCAGGUUUUGACAUACCAGAGUACCCUACCAGGAGAAGGACCUUCCCUGUUUACUCUGUUGCUGGUAGGAUUAUAGAUUUUGAGAAAAGAUUUCCGAAAGAAAUUUCUCUUGGGGAAGAUAUAGAAGCACAUGGAUUUUGGUGUAAGAAAAAAAAGUUCAAUAAAGACACAAAUUCCAUGGUGAUGCAUUCUGAUGAUAUCCAAGCUAUUGCUGUUUUAGGCAUGAAAGCCUGGGAAAAAAUGUGCACAGGAGCUUCAAAACUUAUGGAGAAGUAUGGUGUCCAAACUUGUGGAUAUUGUCCAGAGGUACAAGUGGGGCCCAAAGGCCAUAGAGUUCGAAAUUGUCAAGCUUUCAAACACCAGAUGAGGGAUGGACAACAUGCAUGGCAGAAGGCAACAAUUAAUGAUCUGGCACCUCCAGUGUGUGUCUAUCACAUUCGAGAUCAGCAAGCAAAGAAACCUUUGGUAAAUGAGUUGAAAAGGUACUACGGUAUGCUGCCUGCAGUGGUUGAGCUAUUUGCUCAGGCUGGUGCACCAGUUGGAAAGAAUUAUGCAGGUAUGAUGAGGGAAGAUGUUGUAAUCCCUGAAAUGGAUGAGGAAAAGUUGGUUGUUUAAAUCAUUGGAUUCAAUGAUUUCUUCUGCAUGGAGGAAGCAUUUGGGUGCCAGAGGAGUCUAAAUAUGAAAAAUUAAGGUUUACCCAGCCCGCCGGCUCAUCGUAAGAGGAUGGAUCGUAAUUUUUGACCUGUUUUUGUGACGGACUAGCCCGGUUCUGGUGAUGGGUGUGAUGGACUAACCCGGUUCGGCUCGAUUUUUUUGAGUCAAAGACGAAUUGGACCAAAACGGUCGCAGCGAGACGAUACAGGGAGAAUAGGAAUAACAAUUUGAAAUUUGUUUUUCCACUAACUUAAACUAUUUUGUAUUAAUUAUUUGUGAGAUUUUUCUUACACAGUUUCUUUAAUUUUUUUGACCUAUACAUAAACUAAUUUUAAUUUGUG